UGGUGGUGGAGACACCUGUGCGACCAUGUGCGCCAAGUGGACCUUCGUCCUGAUACUGGCCCUCGUCGCGCUGGAGGACCCCGCCAGGGCCUACACCAACCAGUGGGCCGCCCACAUCGAGGGAGGCCCCCAGGUCGCCAUGCAGGUCGCCAGGGAUCACGGCUUCAGGUACCUGGACAAGAUAAUAGACGACUGGUACCACCUGGAACAUCGAUCCGUGGUGAAGAGAUCGACGGAACCGCAUUAUGAGGUGCACAAUCGACUCAUCAAGGACUCCAGAGUCAGACGGGCAGAACAACAGCGAGCCAAAUCGCGGACCAAAAGAGACUUGAUAGUCAGACGUCCACCCAAUACGCAGAUCCUUCUGAACGACGAUCGAUGGCCUCAGAUGUGGUACUUGAAUCGAGGAAACGGGCUGGACAUGAACGUGCAGGGUGCAUGGUCGGAAGGAGUGACCGGAAGUGGCGUCGUGGUCACCAUCCUCGACGACGGUUUGGAGAAGGAUCAUCCGGACCUCUACAGAAAUUACGAUCCACAAGCCAGCUACGACGUCAAUAGUCAUGACGAAGAUCCCAUGCCGAGGUACGACGUAGUAGACAGUAAUCGACACGGCACCCGAUGUGCAGGUGAAGUGGCAGCCACUGCAAACAAUUCCAUCUGCGCUGUCGGCGUUGCCUUUGGCGCCGGAGUUGGAGGGGUGCGGAUGCUGGACGGAGACGUCACCGACGCAGUCGAGGCGAGAUCUCUGAGUCUGAAUCCUCAGCACAUCGACAUCUACAGCGCUUCUUGGGGCCCUGACGAUGAUGGAAAAACCGUCGACGGACCUGGUGAACUGGCCACCAGAGCCUUUGUCGAAGGAAUCACGAAGGGCCGCAAUGGGAAGGGGUCCAUUUUUGUCUGGGCUUCGGGGAACGGCGGCAAGGACUACGACAACUGCAACUGCGACGGCUACACCAACAGCAUCUGGACCCUCUCCAUCAGCAGCGCCACGGAGAACGGCUUGGUGCCCUGGUACAGCGAAGCUUGUUCGUCCACUUUGGCCACCACGUACAGUUCGGGAUCGACGGGGGAAAAACAGGUCGUAACGACGGAUCUGCAUCACCACUGCACCAGCAGCCACACAGGAACUUCUGCAUCUGCACCCCUGGCAGCCGGAAUAUGCGCCCUCGCCCUGGAAGCAAACAGGGAUCUAACUUGGAGGGACAUGCAGCACAUCGUUGUUAGAACUGCCAAGCCUGCCAACUUAAAGGCCCCUGACUGGGUCGUCAACGGAGUUGGUCGAAACGUGAGCCAUAGCUUCGGUUACGGUCUGAUGGAUGCAACUGCAAUGGUUCGACUUGCUAGGAAAUGGAGAACAGUGCCGGAGCAGCGGAAGUGCGAAGUUUCUGCCCCUCACACCGGCAGGCAAAUUCCUGCGAAGAGUCAAUUGGUGCUCGAGCUGCACGUGAAGGAAUGCAGCGGUGUCAAUUUCCUGGAGCACGUACAAGCGAAGGUGUCUUUAAUGGCCACAAGAAGAGGGGACCUUCAGAUACAUUUAACAUCUCCCCGGGGAACGAAGAGCACUCUCUUGGCAAAGAGGCAACACGACAUCUCAAAAGCCGGCUUUAACCAAUGGCCGUUCAUGUCGGUCCACACGUGGGGCGAAAGGCCCCAUGGUACGUGGAAAUUGGAAAUCCACAACGAGGGCCGUUACCUUGGUCGCGCCACCCUGCACGAGUGGGCGCUGAUCUUCUACGGGACAUCGACGAUGCCCGAUCGAACGGAGUACUCCGAGUAUGGACCAUCGGCGAUAAACGCCCAGCGAAGGCCGUUCAUGAGAUCGAGAGAGACGAACUUCUCGAAGAACCACAACCCCCUGAUGGCGGGACCCUACAAGAGCAAGCAGAUCCAGCAGAAGCUGGUCAAGUCGGGGCCCGGGGUGGGACAACCCUACGUCAUCAACGCCCAAACGCCUAACCAGAAGAAGGGCAAGUUCAGAGGUCAGCACAAAAAUGGAAAAUCGGCCAACAGACCCACUGCAAAGCCCACGAUCCAGACCUUGAGGGGAUACACGGGACUCCGUGGACCCAACGUUCCCGACGUCAGAUUGGUCACCAGCAGGCCGAGAGGCAGGAGCACCCCUAGGCCGGAAACCACCACCUCGGUUUUGCCCACCACGAGGCGACCCACGGAACCUACCGUCACCAGAGAGAGGACCAUUCUACCAGUGACUAUGCCGGCCAUCCAGAGGGGCAUCAUCCUGAUGGAACCACCCGCCAAGGCGGCGACCAACAAGGUUCCAGCUAUUUUCAAGCAGUACCCCAAGAUCCAAGAGCUUUAUCCCAUGUAUCCCGUCUAUGCUGGGGCUAGAGGAGCUGGACAGCAGCACGCUACCAGGGCCAAGGGCCAUGACUUGCUGCAGGACGAGCAGUUCGAACCCAAGAACCUGCAGCUGGACAAGGAUACGUUAGAGAAGUGGAAGAUGGUGUUUUAUGGGACGGAAACGUCUCUGGAGGAGGAGGAGGACGAGCUGGACAAGGAUAAACCGGGUCCUGGAGUGGUCCAGCUGAAGAACAUCCAGGACAACACGGACACGGAGGUCCGGCAGAACGUCGUCGACACCGAGGGCGAUCCCUGGACCGGAAGUCAACAGAUGGACCGAGUCUCCCAUCCGGAAGUUCAGAAGCCGACCACGGAGAAUCAGAUAAGCGGGGCGUGCAACAGUUUCGAUGGUGCCAAAUGUUUAGAGUGUGCCGAGGGUUGGUACUUAUUGGACGGGGAAUGCAUCGACCAAUGCCCGAACGGCACAUAUGCCAUUUUGGAUCGAACAGGGGGAAUUUGCUCUUCCUGUCAUUAUUCCUGCUCAACAUGCUCGGGACCAUCGGAUACGGAAUGCACGUCCUGCCACACGGAUUCCUCUCUGUUGACAGUCGACCAGGGAGAGACCCAUUGCGUCCUCAGCUCCCUCACCUGGAGCAUGCAGUCCACUAAGUGGUUUUAUCGGCUAUUCGUCCUGUUUGCCCUGAAUCUAACAUUGUUAAUAGUGGCCUCCAUCAGUGCCUGCAUCUACUGGUUCGGUGUAAAUCGCAGAUCUCAACGGGUCAACGGAUAUAGCAAAGUUAUGUACUCCAGUAACGGCUACGCCAAGCAAGACCCUGAUAGUCAGCAGGAAAAGUUAUGCGACACCGACAGCGAUUAGUCCUUAAAUUACUACAUAUCUUUGUAUAGUAACCAUUAAACGUGAUAAUGUCAAAGGAUAUUAGGAUAAUUGGACUCUCCCAGUCUUUGGUCUAAUCUCGUCCAUCAGUCAGGAGUAUUGAAUAAUGUCUUCUUAUUAACUUAUGUAAAUAUGCAUGUACAUUUUACCGAUCGCGAGACAGUCUCUGCCACUGUACUCACAUGCGUCGAAUGAGUAUUGUUAACGGUCUCGAUUAGAAAUUAUAUUUCCGGUGGAUAUUGUUUACACGUGGAUUAACAAAGAGAUAGACUUAUCAGUCCUCCGUUGCUUAUCCUACGUUACUACUUCUAUGCUUCUAGCUCGGUACCAAAUAAUUAUUGGUUGUGCGACGGAAACAUAACACGUAAAGACAUAUUCGUGUAUCCAUGAUAGAUCGCCUGCUUAAUGCAAUGGCAAGAAUUUUACCAUGUUUAUAGUGUGUAUAGUGUACAGAGCAUUGCCAAAUAAGACUACCCAGCGACUAGGACCAUAUCGUUACUUGUUAUGUUUGAAAGACCAUCGAAUAAAACGGAGCUUUCAUAGCAAA